AAAAAAUAAAAAAAAAAAGGAAAAAGAAAAAGAAUGGUUGAAUUUUUGUGGCUGUUGAUCGAAAGCAGGAAAGCACCAACAGAAAGAAAUCUGAAAUGUGAGAAUUAGCCAACCACAGUCACGCAACACUCUCUCGAGGAAUCCAAAUUAAACUUGGCUCUUCCCCUCACUACCUUACAAAACCCUAACCCCAAAUUCUCUCCUUCACUCGCUGAAAAUGGAAGACGAAGAAGGCAUCGGGUUAAUUUUAGCCAGAGCCACCGAGCUUAGACUCAAGAUCACAGAUUGUAUCGACAGCUCCAGCACCGCCGUCAGCGAUGACGACCACGGCGGCGGAAAUGAGCUUUGUUUCCGCGGAGAAGUAAAGAAAGAUGGGACUAUUGGGAAUGAAGAUAAGGAUUUUAACUCAACCAGCUCUGGAGAUGUAGAGGAGGAAGAAGAAGCUGAACACCUUUUGCGAAUACGCGAUGCUCUUGAAUCUCUAGAGUCUCAGCUUGCUGCUUUACAGAAUCAACGGCAAAGACAACAGUAUGAGAAGCAAGUGGCUCUCUCUGAGAUUGAUUACAGCAGGAAGGUGUUGGUUGAGAAGCUUAAGGAGUACAAAGGGAAAGAACUCCAAGUACUACGCGAGGCUUCAACUUUUGCUGGCGAAAGAGUCGACUACGAGAACGAUCUUCUCCUUCCUCCUUACCCUCUUCAUCCUCCUCUCUCCCUCGGUUUAGAUAACAACAAUGGCUACUUACCUCAUUUACUGUCUAAGCCUAAUAUAUCUGAUGAAAACGGGUUUGGGUCAGGACAUGUAAGAAAUGAAUCAGAGGUGGAAAGUCCCCACGGAGGCUCAAAUCAUGGAGUUGUUCGCUUCUUAGGCUCUGUUGCAAAGAUCAUUCUUCCAAUCAUCGGUGUGAUCUCCAUCUUGUCUGUUUCUGGAUAUGCUCCAGAGAUCAGGAAAAGAAGCGCGUCACUGAAGCUUCUGGAGUUGCUCCCGUGGAGAGUAGUCACAGGGAAGAAAACACCGAACCAAUGUCCUCCGGGGAAAGUUCUAGUGACUGAAGACGGUGAAGCAAGGUGUCUUGUGAAGGAAAGGGUGGAGAUUCCCUUUGACUCGGUGUUAGCGAAACGAGAUGUAACUUACGGAUAUGGUUAAAUUGUAUAAACGCUCUCUACUCUGUAAUCUUCAUUGCCUCAUGAGUUCAAUCUGUAAAGUUUCAACCUUUUGUCUCUUUUAGAUGUGAUGCUACAAAACUCCCCCAAAGUUUUGUUUUUGCUUGUGCUUCUCAGCAUAUAAUCUUAUACCAUUUCCAACCUACCCUUA